AUGACAAACGUCUACUCGUUCGAUGGCAUCCUGGUCUUUGGGGUCCUGUUCGUCUGCACGUGUGCAUACUUGAAGAAAGUGCCGCGCCUCAACAACUGGCUCCUCUCCGAGAAGAAGGGGGUGUGGGGCGUCUUUUACAAAGCUGCGGUGAUCGGCACGCGGCUCCACAUGGCGGUGGCCCUCUCCUGCGUAGCCAUGGCGAUCUACGUCCUCUUUCUCAAGUGAUGGACACACAGGGUGCGUUCCAAUAUGCGACCUUGCCUCCUCCACUUGCCUCCUCCACUUGUGCUUGUUAAACUUUAUUGUUUUCUCCACGGAGGAGGGGCCAGGAGGCGGGGCAAGGCCACAAGCACAAGUGGAGGAAGCAUAUUGGAAUACACACACACACUCACACACACACACACACACACACGCACGCGUCUGGGGAACUGGAAAACCAUGAACUUUGAACUUUGAACUAUGGGCCUCGAGUGGCCAAAACGGGACAAGACCAGCUGGGCUCAGACACACACACUGCCCCCUCCUGGCCGACAGGUGGAAGGUCUCCUUUCUGGUCCUCUCUUCCUCUCCUCCUCCUCUCUCCUCUCCCUCUCUUCCUCCUCUCUGCUCCUCUUCCUCUCCUCCUCCUCUCUCCAUCUAUUCCCCUCUCUCUCUCCCCCUCUCUCUCCUCCUCCUCCUCUCUCCAACUCUCUUCUCUCUCCUCCUCCUGUGUCUCUCCUCCUCGUCCUCAUCUCCUCCUCUCUCCUCCCCCUCUCUCUCCUCCUCCUCUCUCCCCCUCGUCUCCUCCUCCCAUUCCUCCUCUCUCUCCUCUCUCUCUCCUCCUCCUG